CAGACGCGGAGGGAUACAUGACUCGUGAAAAGUAACUACAAUUCUACCUGUGAUAUACUGUGAUGCCCCUGUGGGUCCAUCAUUAGAGAGGGUGUGGCUGUCCUGUCUGGGCUGUGUUGAUUGCACUGAUUGCAGUAACUCAGCUAUUUAAAGCCUCUCUGUGCUCGCUCUGCUUUUCCCUACAGGCCUCCGGUUUUGUUGAGUAUAUGCUGUUGUUACUUUAGUUGCUUUACUUUGUGCACCUCAACACCCUCACACAUAUACGUCCAUGCAACCCUCACCCUGCAUUUACACUACUGAUACCACUGACGUCCACACCUCAUGCUUUACUUAUUGUUGCACUUCAUUUGAUUUGGCUAAUUUGAAUUGUUUGGUUAAAUAACCAUAUUUUAGUAACCGUUGACAUGGUGUGUCUCCUCUUUGUUGUGGCCUUUUGAGCCAGGUCGUAACAAAUGGGGGCUCGUCCGACGGGUUAUUUGGUUAAAAGUUUGUGUAGGGCUCAGAGCACAUGGUGUCAUUGAGCAGCUAAUUAGUUGAUGUGGUCCAGCUGUGUGCUGGCUUGGCGCUGCUAUUUGGGAGACACAUCAUGUCUUUUGUGUUUCAGGAAGCUUUAGUGUUUGACAUGGCGUCAGGUUUUGUGUGCCAAUCAGAAGGUAAGAUGUUGCUGUUUGUUACGCUUUUGUAAAGACAUUUUCCCCGCUAGGCUUAAGUGGUGUUUCCCCUUGGGUUGCGUCUGUUUGUUUUUUUCAUAGUGUUGUGGCGACGUGGUUAGUGUCAGCUGUUUUCGGACAGCUGUCUCGGGGGCACGUUCACAUGAUUUUGUGGUGUUGCCUGCGUGCAGGUCGCUCCAUAAUUCCGCCGGGUUCCAGUGCGUAAUUACCCGCCGCAAGCCACAUGAAGACUAGGUGAGAUUAGCAAGAUUUUGGUUAGGCAGUGAGGGGGAAAUUCUCUGUUGGGGUUUGUCUUUUGCCCCUGCGUGUUGGCAGGUUAAUACUUUGCUUUCUGUUUGGUUAUAGGUAGUAUAUUAUGGCUUCUUUGUCGGCGUUUGUGGAUGCCCUCAGUGUCUUUCUUAGACGAUUGCAAGAAGGCGCAGUUGGUCGAAAUUGCAGAGCAUUAUGAAAUUGCUGUUGUAGGGAGCAAACGGAAACAUGAGAUUAAGGCUGUCAUGUCAUCUUUGUUUGAGCAGGGGGUGUUGCAGAAGAGUGAGUCUGGUGCUGCAGGGGUCGUGCCGGUAGUGGUUCAGACAGCUGGUUUGACGUUCGAGCAGCAAAAGGAGCUUUUGAGCAGGAGAGGUUGCGGAUGGAGUUGAGGUUGGAGCAGGAGAAAUUGAGGUUGGAGCAGGAGAGGUUGGAGUUGAGGGGUCAGCAGCAGGAGGUAGAGAAGCGUUUAGAGGUGGAGAAGGUGCUGAAGGUGGAGAAGAUGAAAUGUGAGGGGGUGCUGGAGGUGGAAAAGAUGAAAUGUGAGGUGGAACAUGCUAGAUUACGGCUGAUUGGAGAGGGCAAGCUUUCUCCGGUGGAGGAUGGUUCUGAUAGGUCGGCAUCAGGUAGUGGCGAUAUUAUUUCUUACUUGCGGUUAGUGCCAAAGUUUAAUGAGCGUGACCCUGACAUUUUUUUUACUCUGUUUGAACGCAUAGCAGGGGCAAGAAACUGGUCAGAUUCGGACAGAGUGCUGUUACUUCAGUGUGUACUCACUGGGCGAGCACAGGAGGCCUAUUCAGCUGUUUGUGGCGAAAAUGCUUUGGACUAUGCGAGAGUAAAAUCAGCGGUGUUAAAAUCAUACAAACUGGUUCCUGAAGCGUAUCGUCAAAGGUUCAGAAGUUGGGUCAAGGGGGAUAAGCAGACACAUGUGGAGUUUGUCUGUGAUUUGACUUCUCAUUUUCAGCGGUGGUGCGCGGCAGCAAAGGUUGUCAGUUUUGACGGUCUUUGUGAACUCAUUGUAUUGGAACAAUUUAAAGAUGUUAUCCCUCAGCGUGUGGUCACUUAUGUAAAUGAGCAGAAACCUUCCACCGCGCUUAGAGCUGCUGAAUUAGCGGACGAUUUUGUGUUGACGCAUAAGGGCAGUUUUACUGAGAAGUGUUCUAGGGGUGAUUGGAGACGUGGAGAAGAUGUUGGCUAUUCCCGCGGUGGUGCAAAGUUUUCACCAGGCUCCUCACGUAGAUUUGCAGGUCCGGGGCGAUCCGAGGGCGCCAGAGUGGGCCAAUGUCAUUAUUGCAGAGAAGAGGGUCAUUGGAAGGAGCAGUGUCCGUUGCUGGAACCUGAGGGGAAGCCUCGUGUUUCAACACAUGCUCCAGCUAUGUGUUGUUCUGCCGUUUUGGUUAAAAAGCCGCAGGGUGUAGGAUCGGGCAUGGUGCCUGAUAAGAAGCUGGUUUGUGCCGACUUGGAUGUGGGUUCUGGUUUUGAGCCGUUCAUAACGGAAGCCGUUGUGUCAGUAGUCGGUAGUGACAAGUAUGUUCCGAUUAAGGUGUUGCGUGACACAGCAGCUAGAUACUCAUUUAUUGUUGAGUCAGUGUUGCCUUUUUCGUCUCAGAGACAGAGACUGGGGAUUUUGUGUUGAUGAGGGGCAUGGAGAUGGGCUUGAGUCCCGUGUCACGUCAUACAUUAGUGCUGGAUUGUGAGUUGGUGCUGGGGCUUGUGUCUAUCGGCGUGCGUUCCGCGUUGCCAAUUGAUGGGGUACAGAUGAUUUUGGGCAACGAUCUCGCUGGAAGUGCUGUGUGGGCUGGUGUGCCACCGUCUGUGGUGGUUUCCAGACCAUUGGCAUCUGUGGAGCAAGAUGAGAGCGGUUUGCAAUUUCCAAGGGUGUUUCCAGUUUGUACUGUUACGUGUGCACAGAGCCGUAGGAUGUCGACUGACCUGCCUGUUUCGGAGUGUAGGAAAAGUGUUGUUGAACAGACGAGGAGACUCUUCCUCGGUCAGAGAUCCAGCAGGGAAAUCAGUUCACCUUCGGCAGCAUUGAGAGAGAAGAAUACGAUAUUAUAUCACGGCUAAGAACCAAUCAGAUUGCUUGAUUUGACUUGUCCGUUUUAUAAACAAUAAUACAUGAAAGUUAACUCAUAUAUAAUGUGGAUUAUUUAAAAAUCAAUCUAGCUUUAGUUUGACUUCUGGAUUUCUAUUGGGCUUGCAAAAUAAAUGCAAUUUUUUAUUUCCUUGACAUAUUCAUGUUGUUUUUAUCAGUCUGGAUGGUUAAACUUGUUUGUAUUAGAGAUGCAAUGCUUAAACUCUGCAGAUUAGUGCAAGGACUCUGAUAUUUUAUUGCUUCUAACGGCCAACAGAGGGCGCUGCAUCACUUGUUCUCAAUACAAUGUUCCAGAGUCUUUUUCUUUAAAGGGGACCUAUCAUGCAAAAUGCACUUUUGUACGUCUUUUAUACAUGAAUAUGUGUCCGCGGUGU